GGCGCGCUCGCGUGUGGCUGCGCCCUGCGGCCCGGCGGGUCGACCACAGCAAGCAGGACUACCUGCCGGCGCUUCUGCGCCUGGAGAGGGCUGGGCUCAUGCAGCCGGGCUGCGUCGUCUUCGCCGACAACGUGGGCGUCUUCCGACUGGAGGCCUACAUGCGCUACGUGCGCGAGUGCGGGCUCUACAGCAGCCGCUACGUCAGCGCCUCCGUCGAGUACGCGCCGCUGCUGCCCUACGUGCCGCUGGGCCCGGACGGCGAGCCCCAGUCGCGGGUGGUGCCGGACGGCGUGGAGAUCUCUGUCUACUCGCCGCCAGCGAAAAAGUCGGCGAGGGACCUCUGCAUCCUGGAGUCGGCUGGGGGUC